ACAUAAUGGAAUUUUUAGGGAUAGAAAACUUGCAAAUGCGUACUGACGCCCAUAGAUAACACCUCUCACGCAGGGGAGAAACAACAAUAUCAUAAAACAAGAUUAGAAAUCGAUUAAAAACAAACUGAUCAAGAACAUAUUUGCGCGUAAUGACUCGUUUGGAGAGCAAACCCAGCUCAGCCCUCUACGGGGUGUAGGAUGGGAACAAGCCUUUACCCAGACGAGGACAUCCGAGGAAUAUCACGCAUCAUGAUGAAGAAAGACAUGAGUUUGAACCUGGACGACCAGAACAGCUCCAGCCUAAAGCCGGAUUUGAGGGAUGCCGAGGGGAUUCUCAAUUCGCCCGAUUUGGGGCUGCUCAAACUGGCGUCUCCAGAGCUGGAGAGGCUGAUCAUCCAGUCCAACGGGAUGGUGACCACCACUCCGACCUCCCAGUUCGUCUACCCGAAGUCGGUCAGCGACGAGCAGGAGUUCGCGGAGGGCUUCGUCAAAGCCCUGGAGGACCUUCACAAGCAGAACCAGCUGAACGGCGGAGCGUGCGUCCCCGCGACGCUCGGCAGACUCACCAGCAGCAGCACCACCCUCGCCUUGCCCACGGAUCUACCCGUGUACACGAACUUAAGCACCUAUGGAAGUACCACGGUGAACUAUUCCACGGAUACCAUUCCGUUCCCCCCGCCGCCGCCUGCGCACCCGAUGGCCGCGCCGCAGCAGCAGCCGCAGCCGCUGAAGGACGAGCCGCAGACCGUACCGGACAUGCAGAGCUUCGGCGACAGCCCGCCGCUCUCCCCCAUCGACAUGGACACGCAGGAGCGCAUCAAGGCCGAGAGGAAAAAGCUGCGUAACCGCAUCGCCGCCUCCAAAUGCCGCAAGAGGAAGCUGGAGCGGAUAUCCCGGCUGGAGGACAAAGUCAAAACCCUAAAGAGCCAGAACACGGAGCUCGCGUCUACGGCGAGCGUGCUGAGAGAACAAGUGGCGCAGUUAAAACAGAGAGUGAUGAAUCACGUUAAUAACGGCUGUCAGUUGCUGCCGAAUCAAGUUCAAGCUUAUUAGAGGACAUUCUGGCAGCCUUUACCUAUCAGUGUUUGGGUGGUUGACGAACACGCACACGAGGUCGUGCUGUGGUCGAGAUUCUGUGGAUAGCACGGCCUAGAAACGCCUAAAUAUUAGGGAAACAGUACUUCCGCGAGAAAAUAUAGUCCCUUGACUGCACAUUUGUUAUGACGUGCUCACGAUUGGAACUUUAUCUUUUGUUUUACAUGCUUCACUGAACAAGCAGUGUUUUCCUAAAACGUCCAAAUAUCGAAUAUUCUAGUAUAUCCAAGUAAGCCAAUCCACUUCCGCGAGAAAAUGUAGUCCCUGACUUGACAGCACGUGCCAUCGUUGCGCAGUGAUACGGCGAAGGCUGUUUCACGUCAGGGGUCAGGAUUUCAACUACAUCUAAUUAGUGGUUUAAUACUGUAUCAGCGUUCCUAGCAUUUUCCUAAACAUCCAAGUAUCAGUCCGCCAGCUGUCAGUCAUGCGUGUUCGUCUCAAUUUUGGUUUCGUUUGAAACUCUUUUGCUUUUAUUUUAACAAUGGACAUUAAGUACAACAAACGUUUACUAUGCAGCGAAACUAGCAAUUGGUGAUGAGGUGAACGCUGUUUUGCCUCCUAACUGGAUUAGGAUUGGAACUAUAUUUUUUAAUAUUACACGUUUGAUUGGACAAGCAGCGUUCCGAACGUUUCCUAAAACAUCCAAGUAUCAAUCCGCCAGCUGUCCGUAUGUGCGUUUGAUUUUUUGGUUUCGUUUGAAACUACUUUCCUUGCUUUUAUAUUAACAAUUGACUUUUUUAUUAAACAAUUCUUUUAAGUACCAUUAAUGUUACUGUGCAGCGUGAUUGAUCAUUAUUCAGGACCAGGACUAUGUCUGUUUUAUGUUUUAAUUUUUUUUUUCCUCAAGUUUUCAUAAAACUUCAAUGGAAAGUUUACUAUUUGUAUCAGUCCGCUGUGUUUUGGUUUCAUUUGGAACUAUUUUUUUUGGCGUACUUUUAAAUUAUUAUAUUAAUUGCAAUCAUUCCGACAGAAAAUGCUAUAUGUUGCUAUGCAACAAAACUAAAGUUUCUGAUAGCCUGAGCUAAAAGGUGUUUUGCGUCAUUUCUUGUUGUUUUAGCACUCCUGGAACGCUGCGUUGACCAAUCAUCAUGCAUUAUAUAAUAUUUGCUCAAUCUAUAAAUAUGUUUAGGCCUAUACAACACUUAACUGAUUGCGCAAGCAGUAUUUCUGAAAGCACUUUGGCCGUGUCAGUAACUUGUUGACAGCUUUUUCUGGAACUUUUUUCUUUGGCAGAGCUGCAGCAGAAUGACUGGAUAUAUACUGUCAAUUACUCAAUAUGAAUGGCUGUAUUAAAGCAAUAUCAUAUUGCUCGAAUACGAGCGCAUCCAAACCCUCAGUGUUAGUGAUGAAGUGUAUUAACCUGUGUAAUGAAUUCGAAUCCAUAAUGUCAGCUGUUUGCGUGCUGAAACAUUAUUCUAAAUUCGACGCAUCAAGUCGACCACCCAUUCACUGAUGCAUAAAGGGCACAGGCUGAACUGAUCUCACCCUUCCAGUGGCCGUUGGUUCUGGUUGGACUGUUAAAAUGGACACUACAGGUGCUGAUGUAUUAUAUGUUUACAAUAUAUUUUGUAGCAAAUGGACUCUUGAAGCGAUUCUGCUACGUGGUUUGAUCUCAUGAGAGAAGCAGCUGUAUUUUUGCAUGCUCCAGACAAGCUCAAAAUGAGUGCAACCAAACACAACAAAGAUGUCAUGCAUGUACGCUUCAUGUCUAAGGCCUUAUUAAUCAACGACUGUAUCGAUUUUAUAUUCAACUACUCACACAAUGUCUUAUUUUAUGCUCUUUUGGAUUUACGUGUGUUGUGAUGUAAAUGUAAACGUUUCACCUGUCACAUGUCCUGUACUGCCUUGUGUGUACAUUAAUGUCAUUAAACCUGUUCAAUUCACUUGUUAAAUUA